AUGAGCGUAGCCACGUACUCCGACGCCUCUCUCUCGCGCGAAGCCCAGAGUUCUGACUUUGACCUGACCAUUCGCCAGCAGCCCGACCGGGCGCGCGUGGCCGGGGGCAAAGAGAAAGAACGCAAACCCAUCGAUCCGCCCCCGAUCGUCCAGCUGAGGGUGCGCGAAGAGGGUUCCUAUCUGGCACAACACUACCUGCAAAGCCCGUAUUAUUUCAUGUGCUGCAGCUUGUACGAUGCGUCAGAAGAUCGUCCAGUGCCUGUAGCUCCGUCGACGGCCUUGGCAGGCACUCUGGUGUCGUCUCUUCACCGGCUGAAGGACGUGGACAACAGCGAUGGAGGUUUCUUUGUCUUCGGGGAUCUCUCCGUCAAGAUCGAGGGCGAAUUCCGGCUUAAGUUCACCCUGUUCGAAAUGCGGAAGGAAGUGGUGACCUACUUGAAGACCAUUGUCUCGGACCGAUUUAGAGUGUCCCCUCCCAAGAACUUCCCGGGCAUGAUGGAGUCUACCUUCCUCUCUCGGUCGUUUGCGGAUCAAGGAGUCAAGUUGCGCAUUCGCAAGGAACCUCGGACCAUGAUGAAACGCUCCGCUCCUCGACCGGAUGAGUUUCCACAAGCGAUGCCUCCGAGGUCACCAGACCGCCAGUCGGUUCAGAUCCCUCCUGCAACGGGCUUCACAGGCUACCCGACUCAGGCUCGAGACUAUACGUAUUAUGGGGCUCCUCCAGUCAAGCGGCAUCGUACGUCGAUUGACUACGGCCGCCAGAGCAUCUACGACGCAGAGGGAAGAAUGGCUCGUCCGAUGGACUCGUACGGUCAACCGGCAACCAUGUACUCCCAGCCAGGCGCAUACCAAGCUCCGAUGCAGUACUCGACUGGACAAGUGGUGCCAGAUUAUGGGAUGUCCUACGGUCUGCCGCCUUCAGCACCCAUGUCUCAAAUGUCUGAUCCAUCGGGUCAGAUCCGCCCCAGUCAACAAGCUGCGGUGGGACAGCUCAUGGCGAUGAACCAGCCCGGUACACCUACCCCGGAUUCGACAGGCGCGAUGAUGGCUCAAGGAUAUCCGCGAUCCGGAUACCAAACGAGCUCUACCACGCUUCCUCCCCUUCGGAGCGGCAACGGGACCGCGCGAGGCUAUUAUGACCAGCCCUCUCCCUCAGCCACUCCGAUGCUCCCUUCUCAAAUGGCCCCCGAUGGCGAUCGAUAUGGCUCUGCCGGCCCAGCGGCCUUUGAUCCCCCCGGGUCGACGCACGGAACUACGCCUUGA